AUGAAUGGUUUGCAAAUGAGGCAGAGGAGCACGUAUCAUCAUCAUCCUGGCUUUGCCGAUGGGCCUGCGCAGACACGCAGCGGCGGCGAUUCCAAUAUCAUCGAAGAAGAUGAUGGCCCCACUGACUAUUUCGGCGGAGUCUUCGACUACAUAAAGCAGAUGCUGCUGGAAGAGGAGGAAGACGAUGACUUGGAUCAUAACUGGCCUGCCAACAUAUGCCCCGCUCUCCAAGCGGCCGAGAAAUACUUCUACGAAGCACUCUGCUCCACCGACUCCAACACCGACCACCACUCCACCCCCGCCAAGACUAAUAAAACUCUUCACCACCUCGAAGAUGAAGAUUCCCAAGAGCGGAGCCGUAAGCAGUUGGCAAACGACGACGACGAUGACGAUCCCAUCGGGAAUAAAUACGACAGGUCCCUACUGUGCCCCAAGAUGAACCCCAGAUUCUACGCCACCUCCCCGCCUCACUACUCCGAGGAGUCGUCCGCCAGCGACGAAGACCAAACCAAAAAGAUGUACCGGAAGUCCAAACAGGUGAGGCGCGGCCGGCCCAAGGGGACCACCAAGAAGAACCGGGCCCGGGCCCCCGCGCGUGAUGUAGUCGACCUCCGGGCCCUUCUUGUCCGAUGUGCGGCUGCGGUCUCCACCUUCCAGACCGAGGAGCUCCUCCGCCAGAUAAGACGCUACUCAUCGGCCCACGGUGACCCCAACGAGCGCCUGGCCCACUUCUUAGCCACCGCCCUUGAGGCCCGUAUGGCGGGGACGGGACCCUCUCUUUCUUUGACACGGAUCCCAGGCUCGAAGCUCCUGCAGUCCUACGGGGCCUACAUGUCAGCCUGCCCUUUCCAGCGGCUGUCCAAUAUCUAUGCCAACAAGUCGAUCGGGAAACACGUCGGGGCCGCAGGGGCCGUUCACGUGAUCGACUUUGGGAUUCUGCAGGGCUUCCAGUGGCCCUGCAUCAUACACGGUCUCUCCCUCCGGCCUGGGGGCCCACCCCGGCUGAGGAUUACUGGGAUCGAUUUGCCUCAGCCAGGGCUUAGGCCUGCUGCGCUGGUCGAGCGCACGGGCCGGCGGCUUGCCGAGUUCUGUGCAAGGUUUGGUGUGCCAUUUGAGUACCGGGCGGUGGCCAAGAGGUGGGAGGACGUCCGUAUGGAGGACCUGAGGAUUGAGGUGGAGGAGUUUUUGGUGGUGAACUGCAUGUACAGGCUGAGGCAUGUGGCCGAGGAGUCCAUGGGCCUCAACAGCCCUCGGGAUGCGGUUCUCAGGUUGAUCGAGAGGAUGAAGCCCCGCCUUUUCGUGCACGGGGUUGUGAACGGGACGUACAAUACCCCGUUUUUCGCAUCGAGGUUCCGGGAGGUGCUGUACCACUACUCGUCCCUGUUUGACAUGAUGGAGGCCACGCUGCCAAGAGAGGAUGAGGACAGGCUGAUGUACGAGAGGGAGGUCUUCGGGAGGGAGGUUAUGAAUGUGAUAGCAUGCGAGGGGACAGAGCGGAUAGAGAGGCCCGAGACGUACAGACAGUGGCAAGCAAGGAAUCAGAGGGCCUGUUUCAGGCAGCUCCCUCUCAACGAGGAGAUUAUGAGGGAAGUGAAGUUUAAGGUGAGGAAAGAUUACCACACUGAUUUCAUGUGUGAGGAGGACGGCGGGUGGAUUCUGCAGGGGUGGAAAGGUAGAAUUUUAUACGCUCUUUCCUGUUGGAAGCCUAUGCAAGAAUGA